GUAAAUUCUCCUUUAGGUAUUGCUUGCAGCAGAUGGCUGGCAGAAUGCGGAGCUGGCCGGGAACGAUGAGGGAAUGUUUCAGCUGGAUCCAGAGUCAGGGUUUCUCUGCGCUCUUCAGCCCUUCGAUCGGGAAAAGAAGGACUCUUACGCUCUAACGGUGAAGCAGGACAGGGAGGUGGUGACUGUAUAUAUAGACGUAAUGGAUGACAAUGAUAAUAUGCCGGUUCUGAAGCAGAGCACAUUGCAUGGAGUUGUCAGCAGGGGAAGCAGAACAGGUGUUCCUUUCAUGCAUGUUCAGGCUACAGAUGCUGAUGACCCAGCGACGGAAAACGCAGAUUUACGUUAUAAACUGGAGGGGUCUGAAAGUCAUCUAUUCCAGAUAGACCCGAGGACAGGAGCCGUCUCUCUCACAGAGCAAGGAGUCACUUCCAUAUCUCAGAGUGAGGAGAGCCACAUUCAUCUCAGGGUACAAGUCAAAGACCUGGGUGAUCAUCCUAUGGGAUAUACCGCCUCCGCAGACCUGGAAAUUAUUGCUGCAGAAAAUACUUGGGUCGUCCCUAGCCCGGUGUCCGUACCAGAGAAUGAUGGAGCAACCUACCCCCGAAUUGUAUCUAAGGUGCUGUGGAAUAGUACGGAGGUGCAGUAUCACCUAUCGGGAAACUUUGAAGGUGAUCUGUUCACAGUUGAUGAGAAUGGGGUCAUUUAUCUGACAGAAGAACUAGACCGGGAGAGUCAAGCUGAGUACCUGAUCAAUGUGUCGGCACUGAACAAUGAGAAGAUGCUGCACAGCGACCCCUUAGAGCUGAUAGUUUCUGUACUUGAUGAGAAUGACAAUGGACCAGUCUUCCCCCAUAACACCUAUAAUGUGGAGAUUACAGAGGCAGCUGAGAAAGGUUCUCUGCUCAUUGAGCUGAAAGCUGAAGAUGCGGAUGACCCUAGGACUGAGAAUGCCCACAUAACCUACAGUAUCGUCAGUCAGGAGCCCCUUCUGGACAUGGAGAAGCUUUUCCAUGUAGGGGCGGAUUCUGGGCACUUGACACUGCUGGAGGCUGCCAUCGCUAGGAGAUAUAUUCUGCAGGUGUCAGCCACUGACCUUGCUGGGGCACCAGGAGGUUUAAUUGCUAUGUGCACGGUUAUAAUUGAUGUCAAGGAUAUAAAUAACCAUCCCCCGAUAUUUGUGGAGAAUCAGUUUCCAGUAUUUGCUGUAGCAGAAGACACAGUGACCGGCGCCGUAAUCGCAACUCUGACAGCAACUGACGAGGAUCAAGAGAUGGAGAAUAAACUUAUACAGUUUUCUGUCCUGUCUGGGAAUGAAGAUCAAACUUUUUCCAUUAAAAUGGAUCAGGAACAAAACUCUGUGACCAUCUCCCUCCAAAAGGAUCUGGAUUAUGAGCAAACUCAAGAAUACAACUUGACUAUUGCGGUGAGGAACAGGGCUGAACUAUCUGGAGCGGAGUAUGGCCCCAGCUCCACCGCCUCCAUAUGCAUCAUGGUUGGCGAUAUCAAUGAGGUGCCGAUAUUCACACAGAAGAAGUAUGAGGUCCGAGUACCAGAGAAUGUACAGGCAGGAUCAGUAAUACUGACAGUGGAGGCCUCUGAUCCAGAUAUCUAUCAGCAGGCCAGCUUGCGAUACAGCAUCAGGAAUGAUUCCAGGAAAUGGCUUUCCAUCCAAGAGGAUUCUGGGAAGAUUCAGCUCCUCCAUACCUUGGACAGAGAGCAGCAUGGGGAUACGUAUACAGUGCAGUUGGUGGUGCAGGAGAGAGGUGACGCUGGGCUUUCUGCGACAUCAGAUGUGGUGAUUCAUAUAUUGGAUGUCAAUGACAAUAUUCCCAGUCUAGUCGGCGACUACUCCAAUAAAUAUUUCUGCACCCCAAAAAGGGAGGAGCAAACAGUCAUCAUUCAGGCAUACGACAAGGAUUCCGCAGGAAACGGCGCCCCAUUCACCUUCACUCUGCCUGAUGAUGGCGUUCUCCGGAGACAGUGGAGAGUGACCGCCCUUAAUGGGACACACGCCUAUCUGACAAUGGAGCGCACUUAUCUGGAUCCGAAAGUUCACCAUGUGCCUAUCAUCAUCACCGACAGCGGAACACAUCCCCAGCGCAAACAUCUGCACUUCAAAGUCGCAGUGUGUCACUGUAAUACCAGAGGGCACUGCAAGGUCGAAGUGGACAAGAUGGAAGGUAUGCCAACAGUUUCAUCAGCCUUGGGCAUCACCUUAGGCACCCUGGGUGUUAUAGGCUUCUUUCUCAUCAUAAUCUUCACCCGCCUGGCUCUUGCACCACCCAACAAGAAGACUGACACCCCCGAUACCAUUCCUUUACAGAGCACAGCGUAAAGGGACCUCCGCCACCAUUCUGCAGCCAUCACCAACUGGUUUUCUCUGUCUAAUGUUUAUCCAUUAUUCUGUAUGAUUUCAUUUUUACCUUUUAUUUGAUUUUGAGCUCCUUGGCAUCUACUGUAUAAUAUAAUUUGCCUGUAUACAACCAUGACCAUCCACAGCGAUAGUAAAUGUAUCCACUAUCUCUCCGUAAUAAAUGCAGUGGGGUAAAGCGUACAUACACAAACAAUACAGUACAGUCAGAGAGUGACAGGGGGGAGCUAGGUAGUAGCUAGGGUCAGCAGGCAUUGGUGAGAAAGGGCUACACCAUAAAUAAGUAAAAAUAUAAGAAAUCUGAAAUAAAUAAGUUGUGUUUUAGUGAUGGUACCGCUGUAAACAUAUUAAGGUUGGAUCAAAUGCAACUGCAAAAUACAAAAAUGGCAGCUUACGAUGACAUUGACCGGAUGCGCCUCGCGGCCUGUGCAAAGCGAUGACAGAUUUCUCGCAGGACCUCGGCCAAUAGAGUAACCGCUUGUUACUGAUUACACCCACUGUGCAGUGGGCGGGUAGUUUGCGGUAACCUCCAGGUCCUACCACCGGCCCUGGUACUGCUUGCUGCUUUGUUUCAGUAGACACAAUGCUGGCAUGCCUCCUAAUUGGCGUUGGCUGAUUCCCACUGGUCCCUCGCCUGGAUCUGGCCCCGCACGGUAGCUGGCAGAUAGCGGAGCUUGGAGACACUUGGCUCACUCCAGGACAGCGGGGAAAUGGAAUGGCGUUUGCACAGUUCUGUUUGUUACAGGAUAUGGAUGCACUCAUUGUAAAGGCAAGAUGUUUAUUGCUCAAAAAGUCUUAACAAAGAUUAUGUCUGUCGCUAAAGGUGCUAAGGACCAUUCACAGCAUCCAAGAUGUUACAGCACCAUUCUCCUCUCAGUCAGAGGAUAUCCCUCUGUAUCACAGGGCUCACAUGUCCUCUUUUUAUAAUCAGGAAACACCAGAGGCGGAUUGGCCACAGGCCCCCACAGGGAAGAUUCCCGGUGGGCCGGCGCACCCGUGGGGCCUGUUUUGUUUGAGGACAUGUGGUCCUUUUUAUAGACAUAAUGAAUAAGAUGCUAAAUAAUUUGCAUAUAUGAAAAUUACUCUGCCACUUAGCCUGUGAUUGCAGAUGAUCUAGUGUAUGUUCUCUCUGACUGCU